CAAAUCCGUUACAGUUGUUGAUUGAGAAAAUGCACGAAAGUCACACAAAUUCUUUCUUUUGUAUAUUUUUGUAGCCAGUGAAAUGCGAGUUGGCAUGUUAGGACCAUUACCCCAGCACAAAUUACAAGCAAUAGUUAACACGAGAUUUUAAUUGCAACGAAAAAAUGAAUUUGUCAUGUGUAAUAAUAUCAUCAGCCUUUCUCUGCGGAAAAAAUGUAACCGAGGGGCCAGCUAUCCUUGUAAAAACGUUAUUUCCUUGCUGGAGAAGAGAGGGUUCUUAUGAUAUAGAUAGUUGUGCUGGAGUUUAAGGUGUCACAAUUUUAGUUCAGCUUCGGGGGGACACUUACCUUCAUUUUCAACAUGAAGACCUCAGUUAUUUUUGCGUCGUCAUUACUGUUCACGAUUUUAGUUCUUGUAUACGGUAACGGAAGAUCACAUGCCGAAUCACCCAAGAGAGAACCAAAAUUCAUUUCCUUCAAUUCAGAGGAUGGAAAAAUUGAUAUUGAUUUGGACUUGUCGAUUCCGUUCAUCUCGAUCCCAUUGGGGGGUAAAGGUGAAAAAGAUGGACCUAGACCUCUAGUGAACGUAAACACUAAAUCAAUCACAGUUGCUGGAAUUUUGGCGGCGAUAACAGCCUUCGUAAUACCACUACUAUUUAAAACACCGAAUCAUUCUCAGUAUCGAUUAGAUGACGAGUUCAGCAUAUGGGAUACAGGACGAGCUCUUAAUGAACUUGUGCUUGGGAAUAAUUAUGUUACUCCCUGUAUUCAACGAGCGAUUUGUGGAGCUAUCGCUAGAGUGGACAGGGUGAAUACCCCUACGGGAGCUGAUAAAAUUGUUGAUGGACUCGUCAAUUUGAAACUCAUAAAAGAUCUUAUUAACGGGACCUCAAUCCAAGAAGCUGUGGAUAUUGGUCAUCAUUCAAAUGCGCAAUGUUUGAAUUAUUUCGGGGGGUGUAAGAUGGCUCCUGAAAUAUUUGAAGCGCUCCUCACUGAACUUGGGAUUCAAUAA